AUGGAAAACCACCUGAAUAAAAUAUUUGAUUAUUCAAAAACGUCUAAUGAUCCUUUUGAACUAAUGUUGUAUAUUGACUUGCAGAGAACAGCAAAAUUUAUAUUUACUAUUUCAAGCCGAUUCACUGAAUGUUUAACUCGAAUUGUUGUUAAACGCGAAGAAUUUUUGACCAUUUAUAUUCAUUGUUUAACAGAUAUUAAGGUUUAUAGCCGGUAUCCGAAAGUUAAGCAUAAUCUGUUUGACAGUAUGAAUGCUUCAUUAACUAAAGUAUCAAGCGAUAUUCAAGAUUAUGAGGUGCGGAAAGCGCAUGACGAUGAUGAUGAUGUGGGACAGGAUGAAAACGAUUAG